AUGAUAACUUGUGGAGUAGACCAAUGCUGUGCUGACAGAAUAUGGACAUUUUUACUUAAGUGGCAGGUUUCUCUUAGCCUCAUUUUCUUUUAUUUGCUAUUGGCUACUUCUGGCAGAGCUGAGGAUGGUUUCCUAGGAGGAUACAGUGCUGUGUUUAAUGCAUGUGAUGAUGCCUGGACUUUGUCACCUGGAAAUUCUGUGCCUGCCCUUAAAAACUUCACCAUUUGCAUUUCCCUGAAACUAAACAGUACUGAAAAUUCUUGGACUGCAUUUGUCUACAACAAAAAGGAACUUAAUGGCACUCCAUCUGGAAACACCUAUGAACUUGGACUUACAGGAAAGCAUGACAAAUUGACUUUUUGGGUAUUUGGCAAUGAAAUAACUUUGGCGGAAGGACUGGAUGAACACACCUGGUAUCAAGUAUGUAUAGAAUGGAGAAGUGAACUGCAGGAAGUGAGUUUAUAUAUAAAUGACGAAGAGAAAAAAACAGAAAAAAUAUCUAAGAGUGGUCAACUUCAUCCAAAUGGGCAGCUUUUACUAGGCUGCUCAGAGAUGCCAAACAUGUCUUCAUCUUCUCCAGAGGGGAUGAUUGGCGAACUGUAUAUGUUCAGAAUGUGGGCUAAAGCAGACAUAAUUCAUAUACGAGAUUGCCAAGAUGGCACCAUUGUACGCUGGAGGAAGGAGCACUGGAUCCAUAAUAAGACAGCACAUUAUAACAACUCUUUGCCUUGUGCCAAUGCUAAAAAAAGCUGGUCAAGAUUGCAAGAAGAUCCAGUAACCACCCCAGCGGAUUCAUCCAUUGUCACUUUUCUCACCUACCCCAACAGUGCUACAGGCAAGACUUCAUAAAUAUUUAUCUUUCUUGCAGGAACAGAAUUUCCAGAAAAUAAUGCAUGUAAUUUAGAAGCCCUGUGCAAAGACUCAAUCUUCUACACAGGCACUAUGAGAUUUCAGACCAGUGAAAACAGUACAGAUGAUUCAUUUAAACUAAAAGUACACUUUUCUAGAGACAAUACCAGUGAGGUUACAAAGCUCGAGAUGCCAUUUAUUCAGUCCUCUUUGCAGGAUACAAAAAUCUCAGAUUUCAACAGUACACUUCAGAAUUUAAGUGAGUUAUCUUUCAUGCAAUGUGGUGCAGAAAACCAAAGCACAUCAGAUUGCAGUUUCAUAGUAAAGCUGGAAAGAAGAAAGGAUAUAAGCAGGGUACUGGCAUAUUUACAGGACAAAGCAUUUGUAGGCCCGGUUGAGCUCUGCUGCUGUUCAGCUUCACAGCUUUCUUCUUGUCCCUCAACUGUCAAAGAGUUGCAACAACUGCAAUGUGGUAUGCAGGAUGUUACCUGUGCUGAAGAUAGUUCAUCUGACCCACCAGAAUCAACUUUUGCCCCUUCUGUUAUGACUUCUAGCACUGUAACCCAGCCUGAAACUCUUUCUCCCAAAUCAAUCACUAUGUCUCCUCCACUGCUGACUACACCUACAGCACAAUCCCCUGCUCUCACUCAGAUUAAAAGUACACUUCUUCCUUUCACCAAACAAACCUCAGUGGUCCUUCCUUCUCCACCUCCUACAUCUACCAAACCAGCUAUUCUGUCUACUGUUCCUUCUUUUGACACAACUACAGUCCUUUCUACUGUAUUGUCUACCAAACCUGCUACUGCAACUUCUCUAGUAAACCAGUCCAUCCUGUCUCCAACUAAAGUAUCUCAUACUACAUCUUCUGCAAAACCUACAACAGCAGUUUUGCCAGCUACAUCUUCUUCCUCAUCUGCCAUGACCAGUACUAUUGACAUACAUUCUACAAUCAAUGCAACUGGAAAUCCAGAAUUUUCCAGUGUCACCACCACCAGUGGUAGUAAUUCUGUUGAGAGCAUAAUAGCUGAAAUGGAGAGGACAUUGUCUGAAGAAAAAAUAGAACAAAAGGAUGCUGAAGAGAUGGUGAACACAAUUAGUAGUCUCCUGGAUAAUCCUCAACUGCAAAUAUUUUCAGUAUCUAAAAGAAUAAUAAAAAUAGUGGAUGCAAUUGGCUUAAAAUUGAACUUUGCGGCAGAAUCCAUUAAUUUGACAUCCCCUUCCCUGGCUCUGGCAGUUCUGAAGAUCAACAGCAGUUUCUUCAGUGGUGUUUCUUUUGCUGUUGAAGAUUCCUCAUGCCUUCAGGUUGCACUAGGAACUCAAAUUCCUACAAAUAGCAUUGGAGCCAUUUCACUCCCAUCAUCAGUAACAACAAAUUUGUCAUCUAGAAACAAGGAUUUGGCUUCUAGAAUUAUAUUCAAUUUUUAUGAGAAGACAACUUUGUUCCAGGAUCCCUCAUUGAACAAUGCAUCUCUGAUCAGCAGUGUUAUAUCAUCAAGUGUUGCUAAUCUCACAGUUACCAACUUGAAGAUGAAUGUUACUGUUACUCUAAAGAAUACCAAGCCUAGCCAGGAGAAUUUGACUGUCAGAUGUGCAUUCUGGGACUUUGCUAAAAAUGGUGGCAAAGGAGGCUGGGCCUAUGAAGGCUGCAUGGUUAAAGAUAGAAGAACAAAUGAAACUGUCUGUAGCUGCAACCAUCUCACAAGCUUUGCAGUUUUACUGGAUUUAUCAAGAAAUACCACUCUACCUCCCAUCCAAGUGCUGGUUUUGACUUUUAUCACCUACAUAGGCUGUGGCCUUUCUGCAAUUUUUCUUUCUGUUACCCUUGUUACAUACAUUGCAUUUGAGAAAAUUCGAAGAGAUUAUCCUUCUAAAAUUCUUAUUCAACUGUGUGUUGCAUUACUUCUACUGAACUUAGUUUUCCUCCUGGAUUCAUGGAUUGCUCUGCAUCAUAUCCGAGAACUGUGCAUCUCAGUUGCUGUAUUUCUUCAUUAUUUCCUCUUGGUUUCUUUCACUUGGAUGGGGCUUGAAGCCUUUCAUAUGUAUCUUGCCCUUGUCAAAGUGUUCAAUACCUAUGUUAGGAAAUACAUACUGAAGUUCUGUGUUGUUGGUUGGGGUGUGCCAGCACUAGUAGUAGCUAUUGUAUUGGCAAUAAGACCAGAUAACUAUGGACUUGAAUCAUAUGGAAAGUUCCCCAAUGGCUCGUCUGAUGAAUUUUGCUGGAUUAAAAAUAAUAUUGUCUUUUAUAUAACCGUGGUGGGAUACUUCUGCAUAAUAUUCUUGUUGAAUAUCAGCAUGUUCAUCGUAGUGCUGAUUCAACUUUGCAGAAUCAAAAAGAAGAAACAACUUGGUGCCCAGCGAAAAACUAGCAUUCAAGAUCUCAGAAGUGUUGCUGGCCUUACCUUCUUAUUGGGAAUUACUUGGGGAUUUGCUUUUUUUGCAUGGGGUCCUGUAAAUCUUAUAUUUAUGUACCUCUUUGCCAUCUUCAACACCCUGCAAGGGUUUUUCAUCUUCAUCUUCUACUGUGUAGCAAAGGAAAAUGUUCGUAAGCAGUGGAGACGAUAUCUCUGUUGUGGAAAAUACAGGCUGGCUGAAAAUUCUGAUUGGAGUAGAACUGCUACUAAUGGUUUAAAGAAGCAGAAUGUUAACCAAGGAGUUUCCAGUUCUUCAAAUUCUUUACAAUCAAACAGUAACUCUACUAAUUCUACCACAAUGCUAAUGAAUAAUGAUUAUUCGGUGCUCACAAAUGGGAAUGGUAACAUCCCUAGUGAGAAGAAUGGUGUUUCUUUUAAUGUGCAGAAUGGUGAUGUGCGACUUCAUGACUUUUCAGGAAAACAGCUUGCAUUUCAAGAAAUUGAUGAUACAGACCCCAAAAAAUCUCGCAUUUCGGUGAGAAGGACUUCAAAGAGAGGAAACCUGCACUUUGUUGAACCAAUGUGAUUUUAAAAGUCCCUUUUGUUUCAAAGUGUGAAUACAGAUAUAUUUUAACUGUUUUGCAUAAUGUGAUAAAACAAAAAAUGACAUUAUUUAAUAUACAAUAGUAAAAUUGAUGGCAGCCUUUGAUUUUGAAACAGCAUUAACUAAGACUAUCAGAGUUUUUAUUAUAAUUUCUUUUAAUGUCUGCGGUUCUUAUUGACAAGGUACUUUUAGGUGCAGCAUCAUAGCUGUAAACAACUGGAUUUUUUGGAAGAUCCUUUAAGUUCAACUUGCUAUUAGGAAUAACCUUAAACAGUUUGCAAUAAUGAACAAAAAUAAUUACUGUAAGCUAAACUUUAAAACAGAUGCUCAAACUGAGUUUCAUAGUAAUCUGUGAUGUUUGCAUCUUCCUUUUAAGAAGUUGUAGUCACAGACACAUAGCACUGUAUAUAGGCAAAACAACAUCUACCUUUUGGUUAUACUAUAAUUUUAUAUUUAUUUCUUGUAAAUUAAAUUUAAUAUUCCUUUGUAUAUACAAAGUAGUGUUGGUUUUAAAACAUUAUUAUAAUUAUAACUCUGUACAGUACUAAUUAUUUCUGUUAACUGGGAAUCUUGUAUGUCUUUACACUCAACAUUUGUUCUGUAUGUGAAAUAACUCAAAAUAGCCAAGUACAAAAGCUACAGAAAGGCAUUGGAUUGUAAAUAAGAAUUUUGUUGCUGCGAAACUCUGAUUGCCUGUUUCUUGGGUACUGAAUCUAAAACCAGUUUUGCCUGUAUAAGGCAGUUGUUUUGAAAGGAGAACUUGGUCUCCCUUCACUCAAAGGCGGGAGAGGGAGAUAAAAUGUGGACUCCUGUUCAUGGGCACUUAAGAGAGAAAGUGAAAGUUUACUUUCUUUUUGCCCUAGAGACAAUGAAUGAAGGAUUUAUUGAUUCUUCUGUGGGCUGAGGACCCCUUACGCUAGCUUGGCAGCAGCAGUGUAUAUGAGCACCAUACCUAGGUCCAGUUUUUGGUGAUGGAGCCAAGUGCAGACCUUU